GAAAGGAAGACCGCUUUAUCCCAAGCCCACGUUUCCCUCUCCCGCGGUUGUAACAUCCAAACGCGGCCUUUUCACAACUUCCAAACGAACUUUCUCACGCUUCUCUAGUUCUCUCCUCCUCCGGACCCUCUCUCAAAUCUUGCCACAAAAAAGAUCUCACAUUUCCGCUCGAUAAGAAUCUGUCUGCAUAUCCCACUUCUUAAUUUCCAUUUCUUUUGCCCCAGAUCGUCGCCGAUUUCCUUCCCACGUCGCCGGUUAUCAUGUCGGUGAAAACAGUGAAGGUGAGCAAUGUUUCUGUAAAGGCGACGGAUAAAGACCUAAAUGAGUUCUUUUCUUUCUCUGGUGAUAUUGAAUAUGUUGAGAUGCAAAGUGUUGAUGAGAAAUCUCAAGUGGGAUUUGUUACCUUCAAAGAUGCUCAAGGCGCAGAUACUGCAGUUCUUCUCUCGGGAGCAACUAUAGUUGAUCUUGCUGUCACCAUAGUUCUAGAUCCAGAUUACAAGCUACCACCGGCUGUCUUAUUGGCAAUGCAGGAGAACAAUCCAUCCGCACCUGCUGAGCCCGACUCAGCUCUCCGAAAUGCGGAGGACGUGGUCAGCAGCAUGCUGGCCAAAGGCUUCAUCUUGGGCAAAGACGCUGUCAACAAGGCCAAAUCCUUUGAUGAGAAGCACCAGCUGACGUCAACUGGCCUAGCCAAAGUCGCCUCCUUCGACAAGAAGAUAGGCCUCACUGACAAGCUCAGCGCCACCAGCACUGUGAUGGGCGACAAGGUACGCGAAGUUGACCAGAAGUACCAAGUUUCCGAGAAGACCAAGUCUGCAUUCGCAGUCGCGGAGCAGAAGGUCAGCAGCGCUGGUUCGGCAAUCAUGAAGAACCGGUACGUGUUCACCAGUGCUGCUUGGGUGACGGGGGCAUUUAGUAAAGUGGCCAAGGCGGCGGAAGACGUGGGUCAGAAGGCGAAGGAGAAGGUUGGGAUGGCCGAGGAAGAGCAGAAGAGGAAAGUGGUGGAGGAUUUUGCUUCAGUUCACUUGGCCGAUUCCCCGAAUGUACCAUCAAGCCAUGAUCAUGAUGAUCAACUAGAGCAGGAGUCGCCCUCUCCUGCUGAUCCGAAAUUGCCGCCAAGUGCGGACAUCAAAUCGUCAUCGCCAUCUUCCAAAUCUCCUUCCAAGCCAGCACCUGCUCAAGGGUUGAUCCUUUGAAAAACUCUCAGUCUUCUCUUAUCUUUGAUCCCUGAUUUGCACAAAAUGGAGGGAGUUGGAUCUUUGAUUUCUGAAUGCUACACACCAACUACAAGGAACACUUAACUUUUUAUAUAUGUUUUCUCAUAAUCAUAUCAUUAGCCUCAUCUUUUUCUUGUUCUUCCAUGUGUAUAUGCAAUGGACGAAAGAUGGAUUUUUCAGUAUAGAUAUCAUAUGAACUAUUUA